GGAAAUUUACCACAGGUCCACAACCCAUUAGUGCAAUUUGCUCCCUCGUUUUCACCGAUUUCGUUCCCUCCUUCGCAGCACCGCCGUCGCUCCCAUUCCCGUCAGUUCUAGUCAACUAAACCCAUUCUCUCUGUCUAAAUCCUCCUAAAAAUUUACCCAACCCAGAAUCCCAGAUCGAGCGAGGAUGAAUUUAGCCGGCAAGUGAUCGGAGGUUUCCCUAUUAUAACAACCACAUAGGGCAACUCAUGCAAUGCGUGAGUAAAUAAAAGCAGCAAAACUGUAAGGAACAGUGAUCUUCAUCCAGUUUCAAGCUCGUUUAUUAGGAGAUCCAGAACGAAGCUAGAAAGUCUCGAUGGAAGAUAAACCAGGGAAUGUUAGUAUUGAACAGGAGAGAUUUCAACUUCGAAGGCUUGAGAUCUCCGACAAGAAGAAGGGUUUUAUCGAAUUAUUACAACAACUGACUGUCUGUGAAUCUGUAUCUGACAAGGACUUUGAAGAACGAUAUCAAGAGCUUGCUAAACAUGGUGAUGAGCAUGUUAUAUGUGUAAUUGAAGAUCGACAUGGUGGGAAGAUUGUUGCUAGUGGAAGUGUUUUUAUUGAAAAGAAGUUUAUAAGAAACUGUGGCAAAGUUGGCCACAUUGAGGAUGUUGUUGUUGAUUCCUCAAUCAGAGGAAUGCAAUUAGGAAAGAAAAUUGUUGGGUUCCUCACUGACCAUGCUUGUUCAAUGGGUUGCUAUAAAGUGAUCCUCGACUGCAGCUUGGAGAACAAACCUUUUUAUGAGAAGUGUGGGUAUAAACAAAAAGAGGUUCAGAUGGUAAAGUACUUUAUCUGAAUGCAUCUUUUUUUUU